AUGAAGUCUUUUAUUAUCUUGAUAUCCAUCGUUGCUCUAACUUCGGCCACACAUUAUCAAUACCAUGGACCGUCCGCGUCCAUAGGUCACGACGGAAGGGUCAUGGAUACGCCGGAAGUGGCGCAUGCCAGGGCAGCGCAUCUCGCUGCCGUGGCGGAAGCUGCCGCAAAAGUUCCACAUAGCGUGGCUUCCUACGCGGAAGAUGAGGAUUAUCACGGAUAUUCGGAACCCGUAUCGGUCGGUCACGAGAUGUAUCAUAACGAAUACGGAUAUCACGGGCCGUUCGCUCCGCUAGAUUCCGAGGGUCGCGUGAUAGAUACGCCGGAAGUGGCACAGGCUAAAGCCGCACACUUGGCGGCUUAUAAUCACAUAGCUUCCUCGGCACCUGUCGUCAUAAAUAAGUAUCAUUCGCAGAUUUACAAGCCGCCGGCUUAUAGUCACAAUUAUUAUGACUCGUCAGCUCCCUUGUCUCACGACGGCAAAGUGAUUAACACCCCCGAAGUAGAACACGCCAGACAAGCUCACCUCGCCGCUUAUAACGACGCGCUUCACGGCCGCCACAGUUACUACGAUUACAUGAAGUCUCUUAUUGUUCUCUCCGCGCUCUGCGCACUUGCGAUCGCCCAACCAGCUUAUCUGGGUUAUCACUUCGGCUUGCCGGUGGGACCCCUGGAGACGCCGGAAGUGGCGCAGGCGAAAGCGGUGCAUCUCGCUACGCAAGCCUACGAGGCCGCUAGAAACACGCUCGGCUACAGAUACACACCUUUGGCCGUUUAUGCACCUGCAAUUACGUACGGCGCGCCCAUCGGCGCAGAUGGUCGGGUAGUAGACACACCUGAGGUCGCCCAGGCCAAGGCUGCCCAUCUCGCCGCUCACGCUCAAGAAGCUGCCAAGACAGUCAAAUUGAUACCAUACGGCGCUCUAGCGUAUGCACCCGCGCUCUACGCUUACGGCAACGCUCCACUUGGACCCGACGGCACAGUAAUAGACACCCCUGAAGUGGCACAGGCUAAGGCCGCACAUUUGGCCGCACACGCUCAGGCGGCCGCCCGAAACGCUAAUUGACGAGUUAAUCAACUAUUGGAAACCGAUAUACACGUGUUGAUCAAGUCUAACUCUGUCCGGGGCUGUCUCAAUCGGAGAAGAACAUGCGGAGGACAUUCGUGCUAUGUUUCAUAUGGAUCUGAUAUGAGGAAAUUGUUGACAAUAAAUGAGCCAUUUUAAUAUCUG